AUGUCAAAUCCCGGCAAACUCGUCACGCGAGUUUUUCGAUUAGGAUACCGAUUUUCGUUGUUAUCCAGAAAUCCUAGAACUUGUUCUGUUCUUGGAGCAAACGCAUUUUAUCAUUCUUGUGUUCCUAAGAUACAAAAUCGAUACAGUUUAGCUCAUAUAAUUUAUAAAAACUUCGUUGGAAGCUGUCAAGUAAGAACCAUGAGUGGGUUAAGUCCUAACGAUCCAUCUUCAUACUCUAGACCAGAAUAUGUGGUCAUUAGACAUGCCUCACUGGACCUGGAUGUGGAUUUUGGAAAGAAAGUAUUGCAGGGGACUGCUUUGCUGAAGUUUGAAGCUUUGCAAGAUAUUGAUGAAGUGGUUCUAGAUGUGAGCAAUCAGACUAUACAUUCUGUAGAGCUUGAGAACGGCACUGAAUUGAACUAUAAAAUAGACGGACAUAUCGCCAACUUUGGCUCAAGACUGACUAUCACCCUGCCGAAUCUUAUAUCGCCUCCUGAGAAAUUUAAUGUAAGAAUUAAGUAUACGACAUCCCCUACAGCAUCGGCUUUGCAAUGGCUCGACCCGAACCAGACUUCGGGGAAGCAAUUUCCUUAUUUGUUCAGUCAAUGCCAGCCUAUCCACGCGCGUUCAAUCCUGCCGUGUCAAGACACGCCUGCCGUCAAGUUCACGUACGACGCGGUGGUGACUGCGCCAGAGAUGUUCACGGUGCUGAUGAGCGCCAUUAGGGACCAGAAGAAGGUCAACAAGACCAGCUUCAACCAGCCCGUGCCCGUGCCUUCGUAUCUCCUCGCCAUUGCCAUCGGAGUAUUAGACUCUAAGAGACUUGGACCCAGAACGGUGGUGUGGUCUGAAAAGGAAGAGAUCGAGCGCAGUGCGUGGGAGUUUGCGGAUACGGAGAAGUUCCUUCAAGCAGCGGAGAGACUGUGCGGUCCUUAUCAGUGGACUGAAUAUGACUUGCUAGUGCUACCGCCGUCGUUCCCCUACGGCGGGAUGGAGAACCCUUGCCUGACCUUCGUCACGCCCACUCUACUGUCCGGUGACCGCAGCCAGGCAGACGUGAUAGUCCACGAGAUAAUGCACAGCUGGACCGGCAACCUGAUAACCAACAAGAACUUCGAGCACUUCUGGCUGAACGAAGGAUUCACCGUGUUCCUAGAGAGGAAGGUCGCCGCCUCGCUGAUAGCGGACCCCGCUGAGGCCAAGAAGAGCCGCGACUUCCAUAGCUUGCUCGGCUUACAAGAGCUUACUGAAGCGGUUAAAGAGCAAUUCACUCCCAACGACCCGCUCACGAGACUCGUCCCCGACCUGAAUGGCAUUCACCCAGACGACUCCUUCUCUCGCGUCCCAUACGAGAAGGGUUCCCUCUUCCUUCGCUACUUAGAAGACCUUGUAGGAGGCCCUGGUAAGCAAUCUAUAUGUAUUACCAACAUAAGAAUACUUCUAGUGAACGAUGAGCUGGGUGCAACUAGUCCGUUGACGAAUCUCGUGGUGGAUUUGAAGGGGGUGAACCCUGAUGACGCCUUCUCGACGGUACCGUAUGAGAAAGGAUCGCUGUUUUUGAGAUACUUGGAGGACUUAACUGGAGGGCCGGAGGUGUUCGACGCGUUCCUCCGCUCGUACCUGGACCACUUCCAGCGGCGGUCGUUGGACACGGACCAGUUCAAGGCGUACCUGCUGUCCUACUUCAAGGGCAACUCUGCCGAGGAAAAGCUCCGCAACGUGGAUUGGCAGACCUGGCUGUACACGCCCGGCAUGCCGCCCGUCAUACCCAGCUACGACACGUCGAUGACGCAAGCAGUCAGCGGUCUCAUCAAGAAGAUCUACAGUUUGGACACUCAACUCUCACACGAUGACGUGAAGCACUUCACUCCACACCAGAUCAUAAACCUGCUGCAGGAAAUGAUCGAGCGCUCGCCUCUCACAGUCGACAGGCUCGAAACCCUCGGCAGCGAAUACAACAUCUCUGACAGCAAAAACGCAGAGAUCAAGUAUAGAUGGCUACGCUUAUGCGCAAAGAGCAAAAACCAGCCAAGACUCCCUGAAAUCCUCAAAUUCGUUAACGAACAAGGCCGCAUGAAGUUCGUACGACCACUUUAUAGAGACCUCUAUGCGUGGGAGGAAGUCAGACAACAAGCCAUCGACAACUUCUUGAACAACGAGAAGUUUAUGAUGCAUGUGUCCGCGUAUACAGUCAGAAAAGAUUUACACCUAUAAGUGCUUAAAAGAGUGACUAAAACUUAUAAUAAAAUGAAAAUGCAUUUCAGCAAUUUGUUGUACUGAUAAUAUUUUUAUUUUUACAAUGACAUGUAAAUAAAAAUGUUCAUUAAUAACGAUAAUGUACUAAUAAAAUCGUUAAUGUAAAGUAUAUCAAUAAAAUGUUGACGUUAA